AUGGGGUAUAGGUGGUAUAGGUACGAGUAUCUUGCUAGAGCUAUAUUCCACAAGUUGAAAGCACAGUUUGAAGCUUUCUCCCUUGUGGAAGAUGGUAGAGGAAAAGAGGGUUGGGAAAGUUCUUUGGAAAAAAUGAAAAAAGCACCACCCAAGUGGGUGCUGAAAUUGAGUUUCGAUAGACUUGAUGAGCACCAAAAGAAUAGGUUUCUUGACAUAGCAUUUUUCAUCAAGGAAAGAGUUAAAGUUUCCUUGAAGCUAAUAAGACAAUUAUAUGGCUCUUCUGUAGAUAUUGACAUAAAUGUUCUUAAAGAUAGAUCCCUCACUUCAUUUGAUCAUAACGGUUAUAUUGAGAUGCAUGAUCUUGUGAGGGACAUGGGUGUUGAAAUUGCUAGAGAAUAG